GGUAGUGCCGGCGGGGCUAUGGCUGCGGAGGAGGUGCUGCAGGGCGCGGACCAUUACAAGAGCGAGAUCGAGCGGCUGACCCGGGAGCUCUCCGAGACGACCCACGAGAAGAUCCAGGCGGCGGAGUAUGGGCUGGUGGUGCUGGAGGAGAAGCUCACCCUCAAGCAGCAGUACGACGAGCUGGAGGCGGAGUAUGACGGCCUCAAGCAGGAGCUGGAGCAGCUGAAGGAGGCAUUUGGACAAUCCUUCUCAAUUCACCGCAAAGUGGCUGAAGAUGGUGAAACACGUGAAGAGACUCUUCUCCAGGAGUCUGCAUCAAAAGAAGCAUAUUACCUCGGGAAGAUUCUCGAGAUGCAGAACGAGCUGAAGCAGAGCAGGGCGGUGGUCACCAACAUGCAGGCAGAAAAUGAGAGACUCACUGCUGUUGUCCAAGACUUGAAAGAGAAUAACGAAAUGGUGGAACUACAGAGGAUACGAAUGAAAGAGGAAAUUCGAGAGUACAAGUUUCGAGAGGCCAGACUCCUACAGGACUACACUGAGCUGGAAGAAGAAAACAUCACUUUACAGAAACUGGUGUCCACACUGAAACAAAACCAAGUUGAAUAUGAAGGCUUAAAGCAUGAGAUUAAGCGAUUUGAGGAGGAGACUGUGUUGCUUAACAGUCAGCUAGAAGAUGCCAUCCGGCUGAAGGAGAUUGCUGAGCAUCAGCUGGAGGAAGCUCUGGAAACUUUAAAAAAUGAAAGAGAGCAAAAGAACAAUCUGAGGAAGGAACUCUCCCAGUAUAUAAACCUCAAUGAUAGUAUGUAUAAUAACCACAUUAAUAUAGCAGUAGAUGGAUUGAAGUUUGCAGAGGACGGGGGUGAGCCCAACAAUGAUGACAAGGUGAACGGACAUAUCCAUGGGCCUCUUGUGAAACUCAACGGUGACUACCGCACUCCCACGGGCAGGAAAGGGGAGUCUCUGCACCCCGUCUCUGACCUCUUCAGUGAGCUCAACAUAUCAGAAAUACAGAAACUGAAGCAGCAACUUAUGCAGGUGGAGAGAGAGAAGGCCAUUCUCCUGGCCAACCUGCAGGAGUCUCAGACGCAACUGGAGCACACGAAGGGAGCCCUGACCGAGCAACACGAGCGGGUCCACAGGCUCACAGAGCACGUCAAUGCCAUGAGGGGGCUGCAGAGCAACAAGGAGCUGAAAGCUGAGCUUGAUGGUGAAAAGGGCCGAGACCCCGGUGAGGAAGCACAUGACUAUGAAGUGGACAUCAAUGGCUUGGAGAUCCUAGAAUGUAAAUACAAAGUAGCUGUUACUGAGGUAAUAGACCUUAAAGCAGAAAUCAAAGCCUUAAAGGAGAAAUAUAAUAAAUAUGUGGAAAACUACACUGAAGAGAAGGCCAAGUAUGAGAGCAGAAUCCAGACAUAUGAUGAACAGGUGACAAAUCUGGAGAAGUCGACUAAGGAAAGCCAGGAAAAAAUGGUCCACAUGGAAAAGGAAUUGCAAAGGAUGACAAGCAUAGCAAAUGAAAACCAUAAUACCCUCAACACCGCCCAGGAUGAGCUGGUGACAUUUAGUGAGGAGCUGGCUCAGCUCUACCAUCAUGUCUGCCUGUGCAACAAUGAGACACCAAACAGGGUCAUGUUGGACUAUUACAGGCAAAGCAGAGUCACUCGCAGUGGGAGCCUGAAAGGGCCAGAUGACCCUCGAGGCCUCCUUUCCCCACGGCUUGCCAGAAGGGGGGUGGCAUCACCCGUAGAAGCCAGAACCCCGACUGAGCAGGUGACGAAAGAGCCCGCAGAACCUGGCAAGGAGCAGAGCCCGACAAAAACACCCACCAUUUCUCCUGUCAUCACAGCCCCUCCUUCCUCCCCUGUCUCUGAUACCAGUGAUAUCCGCAAAGAGCCGAUGAACAUCUACAACCUCAAUGCCAUCAUACGGGACCAAAUCAAGCACUUGCAGAAGGCUGUCGAUCGGUCACUGCAGCUGUCGCGCCAGCGUGCGGCAGCUCGGGAGCUGGCGCCCAUGAUCGAUAAAGACAAGGAGGCCUUAAUGGAAGAGAUACUGAAACUGAAAUCACUCCUGAGUACAAAGCGGGAGCAGAUUGCAACCCUGAGAGCGGUGCUGAAAGCCAACAAGCAGACAGCUGAAGUGGCACUAGCCAAUUUGAAGAAUAAGUAUGAAAAUGAAAAAGCAAUGGUUACUGAAACCAUGACCAAACUACGAAAUGAAUUAAAGGCUUUGAAGGAAGAUGCAGCAACCUUCUCAUCCUUGAGAGCAAUGUUUGCCACCAGGUGUGAUGAGUACGUCACGCAGCUGGAUGAGAUGCAGAGGCAGCUAGCAGCUGCGGAGGAUGAGAAGAAGACCCUGAACUCUCUGUUGCGCAUGGCUAUCCAGCAAAAACUUGCCCUUACCCAGCGACUGGAGGAUUUAGAGUUUGACCAUGAGCAGUCCCGACGCAGCAAAGGCAAGCUUGGAAAGAGCAAGAUCGGCAGCCCUAAAAGCCAUCCCAGGACUUCAGGGACCUACCUCCAGAAAUUAUUAAGAGCCCCCCCUCAUCCCGCCUCCACAGAAUCAUAUCUUCUGAGGGGCUCCCCUUCCAUGAGUGAAUUCAUCCAUGGGCACCGUCUCAGCAAGGAAAAAAGGUUAACCGUGGCCAUACCAGUUUCUUGUAGAUUGUCAGCAGCCUGCUGCCUCCAUACCGCCACACGGCUCACAACUAGCCAGGGGGCCAGAUUGCCAGACUGUCAGUCCUAAUGCUCUUCCAGAAGAGCAGCCACAUUCCAGCUCUCAGUGUGCCCCUCUCAGCUGUCUCUCUAAGCCUCC